AACGUAUCGAAGUGAGCUAUACUUCAUGCUGUGAACGAUUCGUGAAUAUCUGCUUGAUCGGUAUCUUCGUCACGUAACAUGACUUUCUCUAUUAUACCGUGUACUAUACGUAGACGAACUUUUGCGUUUUCUUGGUCGUUCACAAUUAGAAUUAUUGGUACAUACGACCAUAGGAAACUUGGACCACUGAAACCCGUCAGAUCUUCUUUAGUUAAACAGCUUACCGGCGGGUUAGUAGUUAGGUGGGUGACCACUAGCGAAUCUCCGCUGUCGUAUGUUUUUGGAGUUUUAUAUUUUUUGCAGACGUGUGGCGUGUUUGGCCUUUGGGGUCUCCAUGUAGGGACAAAAACAUUCUUUGAACCAACAGCUCAUGGGUGGUAAGGAACCUAACUGUCGCGGUACAUGAUGAACUGGCGUCUGGUUUGAAGU